GCAGGCGCGCUGCCGCGGGCGGAGGAUCCGGGCCGCGCUUCCUCUCGCCAGGCCUGCGAGCUUCCUCCCAGCGGAGCCCCGGGCGAGCCGAGGCCGCUGAUGCCGCCCGUGGCGAGGUGGCCCGGACCGCAGUGCCCCAAGAGAGCUCUAAUGGUGCCAAGUGACAGGUUGGCUUUACUGUGACUCGGGGACGCCAGAGCUCCUGAGAAGAUGUCAGCAAUACAGGCCGCCUGGCCAUCCGGUACAGAAUGUAUUGCCAAGUACAACUUCCACGGCACUGCCGAGCAGGACCUGCCCUUCUGCAAAGGAGAUGUGCUCACCAUUGUGGCCGUCACCAAGGACCCCAACUGGUACAAAGCCAAAAACAAGGUGGGCCGUGAGGGCAUCAUCCCAGCCAACUACGUCCAGAAGCGGGAGGGCGUGAAGGCGGGUACCAAACUCAGCCUCAUGCCUUGGUUCCACGGCAAGAUCACACGGGAGCAGGCUGAGCGGCUUCUGUACCCGCCGGAGACAGGCCUGUUCCUGGUGCGGGAGAGCACCAACUACCCCGGAGACUACACGCUAUGCGUGAGCUGCGACGGCAAAGUGGAGCACUACCGCAUCAUGUACCAUGCCAGCAAGCUCAGCAUCGACGAGGAGGUGUACUUUGAGAACCUCAUGCAGCUGGUGGAGCACUACACCUCAGACGCAGAUGGACUCUGUACGCGCCUCAUUAAACCAAAGGUCAUGGAGGGCACGGUGGCGGCCCAGGAUGAGUUCUACCGCAGCGGCUGGGCCCUGAACAUGAAGGAGCUGAAGCUGCUGCAGACCAUCGGGAAGGGGGAGUUCGGAGACGUGAUGCUGGGUGAUUACCGAGGGAACAAAGUCGCUGUCAAGUGCAUUAAGAACGACGCCACUGCCCAGGCCUUCCUGGCUGAAGCCUCAGUCAUGACGCAACUGCGGCAUAGCAACCUGGUGCAGCUCCUGGGCGUGAUUGUGGAGGAGAAGGGCGGGCUCUACAUCGUCACUGAGUACAUGGCCAAGGGAAGCCUCGUGGACUACCUGCGGUCUCGGGGUCGAUCAGUGCUGGGCGGAGACUGUCUCCUCAAGUUCUCGCUAGAUGUCUGCGAGGCCAUGGAAUACCUGGAGGGCAACAACUUCGUGCAUCGAGACCUGGCUGCCCGCAAUGUGCUGGUGUCUGAGGACAACGUGGCCAAGGUCAGCGACUUUGGUCUUACCAAGGAGGCGUCCAGCACCCAGGACACGGGCAAGCUGCCAGUCAAGUGGACAGCCCCUGAGGCCCUGAGAGAGAAGAAAUUCUCCACUAAGUCUGACGUGUGGAGUUUCGGAAUCCUUCUCUGGGAAAUCUACUCCUUUGGGCGAGUGCCUUAUCCAAGAAUUCCCCUGAAGGACGUCGUCCCUCGGGUGGAGAAGGGCUACAAGAUGGAUGCCCCCGACGGCUGCCCGCCCGCAGUCUAUGAGGUCAUGAAGAACUGCUGGCACCUGGACACCGCCAUGCGGCCCUCCUUCCUACAGCUCCGAGAGCAGCUUGAGCACAUCAAAACCCACGAGCUGCACCUGUGACGGCUGGCCUCCGCCUGGGUCAUGGGCCUGUGGGGACUGAACCUGGAAGAUCAUGGACCUGGUGCCCCUGCUCACUGGGCCCGAGCCUGAACUGAGCCCCAGCGGGCUGGCGGGCCUUUUUCCUGCGUCCCAGCCUGCACCCCUCCGGCCCCGUCUCUCUUGGACCCACCUGUGGGGCCUGGGGAGCCCACUGAGGGGCCAGGGAGGAAGGAGGCCACGGAGCGGGAGGCAGCGCCCCACCACGUUGGGCUUCCCUGGCCUCCCGCCGCUCGCCUUCUUAGAGUUUUAUUCCUUUCCUUUUCUGAGAUUUUUUUUCCGUGUGUUUAUUUUUUAUUAUUUUUCAAGAUAAGGAGAAAGAAAGUACCCAGCAAAUGGGCAUUUUACAAGAAGUACGAAUCUUAUUUUUCCUGUCCUGCCCAUGAGGGUGGGGUGGGACCGGGCCCCUCUCUAGGGACCCCUCGCCCCAGCCUCAUUUCCCAUUCCGUGUCCCAUGUCCCGUGUCUCCUCGGUCGCCCCGUGUUUGCGCUUGACCAUGUUGCACUGUUUGCAUGCGCCCGAGGCAGACGUCUGUCAGGGGCUUGGAUUUCGUGUGCCGCUGCCACUCGCCCACCCGCCUUGUGAGAUGGAAUCGUAAUAAACCACGCCAUGAGGACACCGCCGCCUGCCUCGGCGCUUCCUCCACCGA